AAGUGAAGCGGCCAAUGAGUGCUCGCCUCUUCCCCGCUCGUUCUCUGGCGCUCGCUUUCUCUGUCUGAGGAGCGGACUCCGCGUCAGUCGGUCUCUGGCUCGCUCGCCCCCUCCCCUCUGGGGAGGAGAUGUUAUUUCCUUCAUUUCUCCUUCGAAGGGUCGAGAUUCUUCUGGAAGAGGCGCCCCUUUAAAAGGGCAGGAGCCUUGCCUGGGGGCCUCCCUUAUCUCCUGAGUAUCUGGGGUGCGGUGCAGGGCCGGGUAUAGUCAAAUUGCAGAAGCCCCUCGUUCUUCGGGGACCUAGGUGGGGUGGUGAGUGGGGGGGCCACGGAGUGCUAGAAGACCUCAUGGGGUGUUGGAGAUAUUUGGAGGCCUGUCCCCUUGGUUCCCAGGUGCCAUGAGGAAGCCGCGCCAGAAGUCGCGGCAGAAUGCCGAGAGCCGGCGUUCCCCGUCCCCGUACAGUCUGAAGUGCUCACCUACCCGGGAGACCCUGACAUACGCCCAGGCCCAGCGGAUUGUGGAGGUAGACAUUGAUGGACGUCUGCAUCGUAUCAGCAUCUAUGACCCACUGAAGAUCAUCACAGAGGAUGAGCUCAUGGCACAGGAUAUCACCGAAUGCAAUAGUAACAAGGAAAACAGUGAGCAGCCUCAGUUCCCUGGCAAGUCCAAAAAGUCCUCCUCGAAGGGCAAGAAGAAGGACUCCUGCUCCAAGCAUGCAUCUGGCACUUCCUUCCACCUCCCACAGCCCAGCUUCCGCAUGGUGGACUCAGGCAGCCAGCCAGAAGCACCUCCACUGCCUGCUGCCUACUACCGCUACAUUGAGAAGCCACCUGAAGACCUGGAUGCAGAGGUAGAGUAUGACAUGGAUGAGGAGGACCUAGCCUGGCUGGAUAUGGUUAAUGAGAAGCGGCGAGUGGAUGGGCACAGUUUGGUGUCGGCAGACACCUUUGAGCUGCUGGUGGACAGACUUGAGAAGGAGUCAUACUUGGAGAGCCGUAGCAGUGGGGCCCAGCAGUCACUCAUUGAUGAAGAUGCCUUCUGUUGUGUGUGUCUGGACGAUGAAUGCCACAAUAGCAAUGUCAUUCUUUUCUGUGACAUCUGCAACCUGGCUGUACACCAGGAGUGCUACGGUGUCCCCUACAUCCCCGAGGGCCAGUGGCUGUGCCGCUGCUGCCUGCAGUCUCCCUCCCGGCCUGUGGAUUGCGUCCUUUGUCCCAACAAGGGUGGUGCAUUCAAACAGACCAGCGAUGGGCACUGGGCCCAUGUGGUGUGUGCCAUCUGGAUCCCUGAAGUUUGCUUCGCUAACACCGUGUUCCUGGAGCCCAUUGAGGGCAUUGACAACAUCCCACCUGCCCGCUGGAAACUAACCUGCUAUAUCUGCAAGCAGAAGGGACUGGGCGCUGCCAUCCAGUGCCAUAAGGUGAACUGCUACACCGCUUUCCAUGUAACAUGUGCACAGCGGGCCGGCCUCUUCAUGAAAAUUGAGCCCAUGCGUGAGACCAGCCUCAAUGGCACUAUCUUCACAGUGCGCAAGACUGCCUAUUGCGAGGCCCACUCGCCACCAGGUGCUGCCACUUCUAGGAGGAAGGGCGACUCCCCCAGAAGCCUGAGCGAGGCUGGAGAUGAGGAAGGACUGAAGGAAGGUUGUGGGGAGGAGGAAGAGAAGGAAGAGGUGCAAGAGGAGGAAGAAGAUGAAGGCCAAGGUGGGCCCCUUAAGGGAGUACCCAAGAAGAGCAAGAUGACUUUGAAGCAAAAGAUCAAGAAGGAACCAGAGGAACUGGGCCGAGAUGCACCCUCCACUGUCCCUAUGGUCACUGUCCCACAGAUACCUUCUUACAGGUUGAACAAGAUCUGUAGUGGUCUCUCCUUUCAGAGGAAAAACCAGUUCAUGCAACGGCUUCACAACUACUGGCUGUUGAAGCGGCAGGCACGGAAUGGUGUCCCCCUCAUCCGGCGCCUGCACUCCCACCUGCAGUCCCAAAGAAAUGCCGAGCAGCGAGAACAGGAUGAAAAGACAAGUGCAGUGAAGGAAGAGCUGAAAUACUGGCAGAAGCUCCGACAUGACCUGGAGCGGGCACGGCUGCUGAUUGAGCUGAUUCGGAAGAGAGAGAAACUCAAGAGGGAACAGGUCAAGGUCCAGCAGGCUGCCAUGGAGCUGGAACUGAUGCCAUUCAAUGUUCUGCUGAGGACAACAUUGGACUUGCUGCAGGAAAAGGACCCCGCACACAUCUUUGCUGAACCUGUCAACCUGAGUGAGGUUCCAGAUUACCUGGAAUUCAUAUCCAAGCCAAUGGAUUUUUCUACUAUGAGGCGGAAGCUGGAAUCCCACCUGUACCGCACCCUGGAGGAGUUUGAGGAGGACUUUAACCUUAUAGUUACCAACUGCAUGAAGUAUAAUGCUAAAGACACAAUUUUCCACCGAGCAGCUGUCCGCCUGCGGGACCUCGGGGGCGCCAUUCUUCGGCACGCCCGGCGGCAGGCAGAGAACAUCGGCUAUGACACUGAGAGGGGCACCCACCUGCCCGAGUCUCCCAAAUUGGAGGACUUUUACCGUUUCUCCUGGGAAGACGUGGACAACAUCCUCAUCCCAGAGAACCGGGCCCAUUUGUCCCCAGAGGUGCAGCUGAAGGAGCUGCUGGAGAAACUGGACCUGGUGAGUGCCAUGCGGUCUAGCGGGGCCCGGACCCGCCGUGUCCGCCUGCUGCGCCGGGAGAUCAAUGCCCUGCGACAGAAGCUGGCACAGCCACCACCACCACAGCUUCCAUCACUGAACAAGACUGUGUACAACGGGGACCUGCCAGCAGGGCCCCAGGGGGACGUGGCUGUGCUGGAGCAGGCCCCACAGGAGGAGCCAGAAGACGAAGGGGACAGAGAUGACUCCAAACUGCCUGCCCCACCCACCCUUGAGCCCACUGGACCUGCACCUUCCUUGUCUGAGCAAGAAUCCCCUCCAGAGCCCCCCACUCUGAAACCCAUCGAUGACAGCAAACCUCCAAGCCGAUUCCUAAAGCCCAGAAAGGUGGAAGAAGAUGAACUUUUGGAAAAAUCACCAAUGCAGCUAGGGAGCGAGCCCUUGCAACGCCUGCUGAGUGAUAAUGGCAUCAACAGACUGUCCCUCAUGGCCUCCGAUUCCCCUCCUGGUGCCCCGCUCAGUGGUGUGGGCCGCCGCACAUCAGUCCUCUUCAAGAAGGCCAAGAAUGGGGUUAAGCUACAGAGGAGCCCAGAUGGGGCCCUGGAGAACGGCGAGGACCAUGGUGCAGUGGGCUCUCCUGCCUCACCCGCCAGCAUUGAGGAUGAGCAGCAUUCCAGGAAGCGGCCGAGGAGCAGGAGCUGUAGUGAGAGUGAAGGGGAGAGGUCCCCCGAGCAAGAGGAAGAGACAGGUGUGACCAAUGGCUUUGGAAAACACACUGAAAGCGGGUCUGACUCGGAAUGUAGUUUGGGUCUCAGUGGUGGACUGGCAUUUGAAGCUUGCAGUGGUCUGACACCCCCUAAACGUAGCCGUGGGAAGCCAGCCUUGUCUCGAGUGCCCUUCCUGGAAGGUGUGAAUGGAGACUCUGACUACAGUAGCUCAGGCAGAAGCCUCCUGAUGCCCUUUGAAGACCGCGGAGACCUGGAGCCCCUGGAGCUGGUGUGGGCCAAGUGCCGAGGCUAUCCUUCCUACCCUGCCUUGAUCAUCGAUCCCAAGAUGCCGCGGGAGGGCCUCCUGCACAAUGGCGUCCCCAUCCCUGUCCCCCCACUGGAUGUGCUGAAGCUGGGAGAGCAGAGACAGGCCGAGGUUGGAGAGAAGCUCUUCCUUGUCCUCUUCUUUGACAACAAGCGCACCUGGCAGUGGCUCCCAAGAGACAAAGUCCUGCCCCUGGGUGUGGAAGACACGGUGGACAAGCUCAAGAUGCUAGAAGGCCGCAAGACAAGCAUCCGCAAGUCUGUGCAGGUGGCCUACGACCGAGCAAUGAUCCACCUGAGCCGCGUCCGGGGACCCCACUCCUUUGUCACCUCUAGCUACCUGUAAGAGGGAGCCUGGCCUGCAUCUGCCUGCCCUGCCUCUGUCCACGGGGCAUGGAGAAGCCUCUUCCUGCCAGAUGCAUGGACAGCAGCUUCCCCCUUUCACCGAAGGCCAGGCUCUGCUGGGCUGUGUCCUCACUAAGGGCAAGCCCCAGUUUUGACCCACUGCAUGGCUUUCCUGGCGGGCCUGCUGUGUGCCAAAAACUCCCACCUGAGCUCCCUUAGGGACUAAUUCACUGAAGAACCAGUUAGAAGUAGAAACAGUGGUACGGCUUGGGCCCACCCAAGAGGUGUACCUGGCCUCAGAAGGCAGGAGGUCCAGGGCUCUAUCUCAAGGGUGUGCCUGGCCCGCUCCACCCCACUCCCAACUAACUACACCUCAGGGUGAGCGAGCGAGCGAGGCUCUGACACUGAUCCCAGAGGUGCUGUGGAUAUACUCAGUCCUGCGGGAAAUCUCACUGAGCUCACCCUCUCCCCUCCAUCACCCAUUCCCACACCUCUUCCCUGUCCCAUCCUCUGCACCUCUCCUGGUCUCUCUCCCAUGUUCCUUUCCUUACUUUCUCUUGUGCCAAACUGACAGAAACCAUCACCAAAUUAGUCCUUGUUUCUUUUUAUGUCUCAUUCCCUUUGAGGCCAGCUGCUAUGCUAGGUGGGUGCCUCCGCCCGGCUUCUCAGGGCCAGGGCCAGAGGCCAGCCUACCACUCGGGUGACCCCUCCACCAGCAAACCCUCCCCACUGCCCCCCGCCCCACUUACCCAACUGCUGCAGACACAUGGCUGCAGCUCGGCUGCGAGAGCUUACCGCUUUGGUUGAGGCUGGGCCCUCCUGCCCUCCCCCUGUCUUGCUGAGAGGCGGACUAAAGCUGGGCCGGCUCCUGUCAGCAGAUGAGGCUGGUUGUGCCUGUGUCCAUCUGUCCACUCGGAUGUUGAGGGUUGUUGGAUUGGAGCACAACCUUUAAUCGGGUCUGUCCCCUCCUCCUCUUGUCUUCAGUAAGUGCAGAUUCAGUCUCGCUGUCCUCCACCGCGGAUGGUGUGGAGCCUACGGCCCAGCAUCUUCCCGUCCAUCUUCCCGCCCUGCCCGCCUCUACUGUGCCUGCUUCCAAAUGCCGGGAAUGCAGCGCUUUAUUUCUCCUCCUCUGCCCCUUCCCUCUUUUCCUUCAACUCCUUCCCCACCUUCACCUUCUCAGAAAAUGGAAGGAAAAAAAAACUGUGAAACAGGGAAUGCUGACUGACAAACCGACACAACUUACAGAGGCUUCCAUGUCUGUUCUCUGGAUGUUUCUUUUCACCUCUUAUGCACCAAAGUCACAGGGCCAGGUUGCAGGCCGCUGAUUGCCAUGUUGAUUUUUAACCUGAUGUUCUUUUUAAUUAUUUUAAAUUUUCAUAGGGGAGUUUUGGACAAAACAAAGUCACGGGGGAGAUCACUGCCAUUUUUACACUCUCGACUUUUUAAAAAUACAGCCAACCGCCACAACUUCUUAUACAUUUGGGACAUGAGCCAGAGUUUAAAAGGGAACCAACAAAACUCUUAACAUAAAGGAAUGGGGUUUUGGAUUUUGUACAAUAAUAAAAAUACAAUAGAGCAUAUGGCUAGGGAAGGACAUGGUGUAUAUAAUUGUAAAAUACUGUUCUAAAUUAUUCAGGCCUAUAGUUUCCAUUACUGGAGUCCUCCAUUGUGUGACCGAGUAUUUUAAAUGCGCACAGUGUGGCUUAUUUAAAGGAGCCGGUGCGCCCCCCUCUCCCCAGGUAGUUGGUCGGCUGUGGACUCUGUGACCUUCGUCUCAACCUGUGUUGUAAGAUCUCGGGACUCUAUUUCUGUGUCAAUCUCUUCCCUCCACCCCCCAAAUACUUUCUUAGUCUCUUUUUUUUUUUUUCCAGUCUCUUUGAAUCUCUCUGAGUCUCAUUUUUCAAACUGCUCUUUUAGAACGGGAAUCGACUCAGAUCCUGCUGUGGCAUGGGGCCUACGUGUCUCAGUCGCGUCUGCUGUGAAGCACACGAUGCUCUAUUUAUUGUAGAAAGUGACUUUAUUUGCUUUCUAGAAUUGUUUAUAACAGAUGGUAUAAGAGAGGUAAUAAACAGAGAAAAAUCUAUGCUUGUAAAGAAUACAAAAGUUAAUUUUACCUACUAUAAUAUGACUGUCUGAAACUUAUUUUCUCUCUGAGAAAUAAAUGUCGUAAUGGGCAGAGGCUGCUGUGCUGUGUUUGGUAUCAUCCAUGGGGGCCUGUCCCUCUCUUCCUAAAGUCUCCAGCCCAACCCCUCCUCCAAAGACCAGAGCCCAUUAAGAAUGGUGUUGUCUAGCUGUUGCAGGCUGCCAGCCAGGAGGGUUGCUUCUGUUUGUGGGACCCCUGUGGGGGGUGUGAAGCUCUCAGACAUGUCCCUCCAAACAGCACUGCCUUCUGGGAGCUAUGGAAGGUCCAGCCUUCCUUCCCAGGCCUGUUUCUCUGUGGCUCUGAUCCUUCCGGAGCCUCUGCUGCUCCUUCAAUGGGUGACAUGGCCCUUGGGCUUCCCCGGCACGUGUUUACCAAGUUUGGAGAACUGGAUUCUAGGAUGCUCGUGCCUCAUUAUGAUGUCGUUGUUGCUGGCCCUGUUCUUUAGAGAGGUGUAACAUGAGCCCAGCUCCUUUUAGAGCUGGGAGCAAUCCUUGAGCCUAUCUGGUCUGCAUUUUGCAGUCAAGGAAACAGACUAGCAAGAUGAAAAGAUUUGUCCAUGGCUGGCCAGCCAAGACUCCUGGGACAAAGAUCUGGCCAAAGCUUGCCUCGUGGGCUCCACAGCACUUCAAGACUCUGCUGGCCUGUUCUGUCCCAGGCUUCCUUCUCAGUGCCUGUGAUGUGAGCAUUUCGGAAAGGAACAUCUUGAGCAGAAGCAGAGCGGAAGAGGGAUUCCCAGGGACAGACUGCUGGGUGGCUGGGCCUAAGCUAGCUUUGCCCCAUCUACUUCCCUACUUCCUGAUCCUGUUCUCGCUGUUCCUGCCUGGCUCCUGUGCUUGGCUGGGGCGGGGAGGGAAGCAGUUCUACUUUUCUCAGUUGGAGGAUACGGGGGUCUCCCAAUCACCUCCACAGGGUCUUUGAAGUUCUUGUCGUUGAAGUUGCUCGAGGUAAGAUUUCUCAAUUUGGUAUAUAACAUUGACACAGCACCUCGAAAAUACUGAUAAAUCUGUAUUAUGUUAUGGGGGUGCAAAGAUACACACCCUUGGUCCCAAUAUACAAACAUUUAUACAACAUCACAGACAACUCUGAAAAGCAGGUAUAAGGCUACCAAGGCAGGGGGCCCAGAAGGGGUUGUGGGUGGAGAUGUCACGUUUGGUGAGAACGAAGCAAUUCAAGACUUGGAAAAUGGGGUUAAAGUCCCCAUUUAUGAAUUCCUAUUUUGAAAUAUACCCUCUGGAACAUUUGAAAGUAAAGGGAAAGGAUUCACCAGAGACAGAGUGGGGAGCAGAACAGGCAGAUCUACUGAAAUACACUGCUGAGGGGAGCAGCGGGUGAACCAGGAGAGGUCUGCUGCACCAUGUGGAUUGCUCCCAGCCGGCCGGGGAUCGAACUUGUGCUGCAAAGGCUGCAGACUGAAUGUUCUCCUAGCACC